UUGUUUCCGGAAAAGCGCAGACUGUAUGCGCGAAUUUAAUGUCCUAGGGAAGAUUGUAGUUUACGUGUUCUAGCACAUUACAAAUUAACAUUUCGAUUUUCUAAUUAUUCUCCUCUGAUAUCUUGAAUCUAUAGUGUAUCCACAUUUUAAGUGCUACAAUCUUAUAUGAUGGACAACUGCUGCUAAAUCUUCCCUGAAGUUUCGAGUGAUAUUAAAGUGGUAUUGUUUUAUUAAUUAAAGCAUAUCUUGGGAUUAUUCAAGAUGGUUUUGUCUCAAAGGCAAAAGGAUGAAUUAAACAAGGCAAUUGCAGAUUACCUGUACAGCAAUGGCUUUCAGGGUGCUUUGGAACAUUUUCAGAAAGAGGCAGGCAUGCCUCAAGAACUAGAGAAAAAAUUCAGUGGAUUACUAGAGAAAAGAUGGACUUCAGUAAUCAGAUUACAGAAAAAGGUCAUGGACCUGGAAACAAAGUUACAAGAAGCAGAGGAGGAAGUAAACAGUGGCGCUCCUACCAGAGACAGACGUACUCCUAGCGAGUGGAUUCCUAGACCCCCUGAGCGCUAUAGUUUAAAUGGACAUCGCAGUCCAAUCACACGGGUUGUGUUUCAUCCAGUUUUCAAUCUGAUGGUUUCGUGCAGUGAAGAUGCCACAAUCAGGGUGUGGGACUAUGAAACUGGAGAUUAUGAGAGAACAUUAAAAGGUCACACAGACUCUGUUCAAGAUGUUGCUUUUGAUAGUGCAGGAAAGUUUUUAGUUUCGUGUUCAGCUGAUCUCAGUAUAAAAAUCUGGGACUUCAAUGGAUAUGAGUGUAUCAAAACUAUGAUGGGUCAUGAUCAUAAUGUCUCAAGUGUGACUUUCAUGCCAUCUGGAGACUUUGUUGUGUCUUCAUCUCGAGACAAAACAAUUAAAAUGUGGGAAGUUGCCACCGGUUAUUGUGUCAAAACCUACACUGGUCAUAGAGACUGGGUUCGAAUGGUUAGAGUUUAUCAGGAUGGAUCUCUUCUGGCCAGUUGUUCUAAUGAUCAGACUGUCAGAGUUUGGGUGACCGCCACUAAAGAGUGCAAAGCAGAGCUCAGAGAACAUGAGCAUGUUGUGGAAUGUAUUGCCUGGGCUCCUGACUCAGCACAGCCAGCUAUCAAUGAUGCUGCAGGGACAGAGAGUAAGAGUGCCAAACGAUCAGGUCCAUUCUUGCUGUCUGGAUCCAGAGAUAAAACUAUAAAAAUGUGGGAUGUUAGUGUAGGAAUUUGUCUCUUUACUUUGGCUGGUCAUGACAACUGGAUACGAGGCAUUGUCUUCCAUCCAGGUGGCAAAUUUAUUUUAUCAGCCUCUGAUGACAAAACAAUCAGAGUGUGGGACAUACAAAACAAGCGUAACCACAAGACAUUGAUUGCACACCCUCAUUUUGUGACUUCUAUUGAUAUGCAUAGAAAUGCUCCUUAUGUGAUCACAGGAAGUGUUGACCAGUCUGUCAAAGUCUGGGAAUGCCGUUAAAAAAACAGCCAGGGUUGUACCGCUGAGAAGAGGGAAAUAAGAACUACCUGCCACACAGACAGAUUAAGACAAGACGCAAAGGCUGUAAAGAAAAAUCUAUUUAUUUAAUCUAAAACCAAACAGACUUUAUGUUGUAGUGCUUCAGUUCAACUUCAAAUGUAUGUACCAUACCAUCUUAGUUUUGGCUGCCUCAAGCUCUCACCUUGCCCCAUUUUUUGUUUUCUUUUGGAAAACCAAAUCAAAACAUUCCCAGGUCUUUAAAUGAUAAAUCCUUAACAACUUACAAUAUGGGUAUCCAAUGGUCAAUAUAUUAAAAUUGAUCUUCUUGUGUGUGUGUGUGUAAUGCAUGACACUUUGGUCUAAAGCUGUUGAUUGAGCUGUUUUUCUUUUAAUACCCUUCUUGAACAGAUCUAUUCAUCUGACUCUUAGUAAUAACACACAAAGGCAUAAAAUCCUUAAACAAAACUAAACAAUGAUGGUCAAAUGUACCUGAAGGACUCCAUAGUUUUCACUUUUUUUUUAUUUGUGAUAUCAAUGUAAUUGGCAUUUCUUAGUGUUGAUGUUUUAAACGUGCUGCUUAAAAUUAUUCUAAUUAAUUACCUUCUUUUUUUUUCGGUCAUAAAUGACUUUCUUUUCUCAUAAAUAUUUCACAAUCAAGAGUUCAUUCCUCCUGCCAGUUGGUAGUCUCAUUAGUUGCUUCCCCCUCUCGUUUCCAAUUGGCAACUCACCCCCCCCCCCCCCCUUUUGCUGCAAUCCCUAUCGCUUGUUUUGAAAUCAUGUUUCUUUGUUUGUAACACUAAAUCAGUAAAGCAGAAUUGAUUUCAGAACUUUGUUUAGAGAGUUCAAUGAAGCCAAUGGACACAAAGGAUUAUCUAGCCAUAGUAGACUUGUUCUCAUUACUAUUCCUUACUCAAAUGUAUUUCUACUGCUUCAGUUCAGAAUGGCCAAAUCUAUGUCUGUGUUAUCUAGCCACUGACAGUAUAUGUUUUAGCGAAUACAUAAAACCCCCGUGAAGGUUCAAAUGGCAGACUUCACUGAGCAGGUCACCCAUUAAAAAUGUCAGUGCAUUUCAGCAUUUAUGCAAAUGUAGGCUGUGUUGACCUCGCCUCUUUGUACAAAUAUUAAACAAAAAAAUCCUUCAAAAAUUGUUUUUUUAGUUCUUACAUUUAAGAGCUUAACUGUUCAUGUUGAAUUGGUGCAUAUAAAAAAUGCCCAGGCCAAGUUUUCUUCUGUUUUGACAGUUAAUACUAAUGUCUUAACUGAAGUACUGAGAUGCACUGACGACGUUUUGUUUCAUUUAAUGAGACUUAGCUUGUAUAUAUAAUUCAAUGUAAAUAGAUGCAUAAUUGUUUGUAGAAAUCUCUUCAAAAGUGCAAGUUAUGAUUUAUUAUUAUUUUUAUUACUAUAUUUUUUUUUUUGCACUUAAUUGUGAAGAAAAAUAAAUGUCAUUAGUCAUCACAAAGAAUGGAGUUUGUAUUAUUUUUAAACUGUUAAUUUAUAUUGAAUUAAAAUUUUAAAUAAAAUUGUGUUAACUAAUAGAAAGGCUCUCCUUUUUAAAGCAUUGUAAGUUCAGCUAAAUGUCAUCUGGCUUCUCCAGCAAAUGUAAUGUUGUGACAGUCUUACAUGAUCUUAUCAAUGGGCGGCACUGGUCCCCAAAUUGAGUUCAAAUAGUCUUUCAGUUUUUAAUAUUUUAUAUGGCUUUUAUUACAGCUGUCUGUAUCAUUUUUUAAUGACAUUUUCUUUUGUUCUGUUGAAUCUAUUUGUUGAACUAGUUGAAGUCAAAGUUUGAAGAUAAAAGAUUUAGGUUUAGAUUGUGUUUUGGCCAGUAGUAUAAUUCAAAACAAAAAAACACCAACAAUUAUGUUAGUUUUGAGUUGAACACAAUGAUAGAAAUGAAUAUAACUAUUGUAAUCAUUAGUCUAAAAUAAUGUUUAAUUCAUUCUACUAUUCAGUACAUUAAAUUUACAGCUUCAGGUUAGUUGACAAAGUGAUAAUUGAGUCAUCAAAUUUUCUUUAACAAUCCUAGUAUAUAAAGUUCACUGAAAAUGAAACCAAGUUUGAAAGAAAACAGAAAUCAGGGGCUGGAAUGAACUAUUCUUAUUUCCCAAUUCUCUCUCUUCCUACCUUCUAGCCCACCUUCUAGUUACCUAGGAAAGGUUUUGUGCAAUUUUGUUUUUUUUUCAGGCGUUGAAAUGUUCAUGUACCCUUGUGUGAUAUCUUCUUCUGUUGUCUCUUUACCUGCAGUUUCCAAUUUCAUGAUGUUUCUAUGUUUUCCUAUGAAACUGCCCAGUUAGCUUGGCAGAGGACAGCAACCCAGUAUGUGUCUCACCCUCAUUAUGUUUUCAUCUCAUUUUAUUUAUAAGAUUCAUGCUUUUUAUUGUAAACUCAUUUUCAAAGUGUGUUUAAUCAAUUGGUACUUAUAAUUUUGCCAAAGUGUUUUAUUUCUAUACUGUUAGUGUUAAUCUCGUUUUCUGUCAUCAAUCUCAUUACUCAACUGUUACUUCUUUUUAGGGAAAUCUCCAUUGGCAGUUCACCAGAUAAAUGGUAAUUAUUUUUUAAAUAGUCUUAGUAACCAGAAAAAUGGUAAUUAUUUUUUAAAUAGUCUUAGUAACUAGAAAAAUGGUAAUUAUUUUUAAAAUAGUCUUAUAACAUAAUGUAUUAGCGGUACUAUAAAAUAAGUUGUUUAGGAAGAUAAUUAAACUUAAUGGAAAAUGACUUUUAGAAAUUGAGUAGAUGAAGUUUGAAGUAUGGGUGCUGUUAAAAAAGAAAAACUUGACUAAAGCAUUCAGCACAGGGCUUUUACACAAAAGAUAUUUAGUUCAUGCCUUAAGUAAAUCUUACAGAAACAAAUUUUAACUCAUUGGAAAAGAAAGUAAGCCAAUUCAUUAUUACAUAAAAAAUCUCUUCAGUUGGGCGGAUAUCUAUUAGAUAAGUGAAAUGGUGUUAAAUCAUUUUUUUUGUCAUUUAAAUAGCAAUAAAAGCUUUGCAUUUGAAUGAUACACUUAUUCCUGUGUCUUGGUAUAUCCCCAGUGGACGAGGGUGUCCUUAUCUAGAAGCAUUAAAUGGAAUGUAUAUAACAUUUGAUUCAUCUGCACAUCCUUCAAUGUUUUCUUGUAUGGUCCAAAGAUGUAUAAACCAUGUCUUUUGUUGCAUUGGGGUGAAUUUAUUUCUCUAUUUCUUACACAUCAUCAAACUCAUUGUAAGAAUAGGAAAUAUUCAAAGUCAGUAACUUGUGCAGUUCUGGUGGAAAACAGUUCCACUCAUCACAUGCUGAUGUCCUGAUAUAUUCAAUGUAUGUGCAUAAAAACAAUUAUUUAAAUUAUUUAACAUACUGGUACCUGGCAAGUUAAAAUUUUCUUCUUAUCAAGCUGUUUGUUGUUGCACUACUAUUGCACAAAGAUUUUUUAAUUUCCUGGUUAUAAAAAAAAAAAGGUACAGUGCUUCUAGCUUAAAAAGUGUUGUUUUUUUUUUGUGGGGGAGGCUGGGGGGGGGGGGGGUAUGAAUAUACAGAGAGUAACACAAUGUAUUGAAAAUCAAUCAUAUUUGAAUAAUAUCAGCUUACAUUUUCACUGCUGCACUGCUAAAAGAUGUGUGCAUCUAAACGAUUAUUUCAGUAGCAUUUUUAAAACUCAAGAUCAACCCAAGAUUAUUAUAACCAUGAUAUAUACUUAUUGUUCACCAUCUUUUUAUCAUUAGUUUAUUAACUGUUGUAUACUAACUAGUUUAUUGUCAGUGUGAUGUCUGUUCCAUGUUGCUAAAGGUAUUUUGUCUAAACAUAAAGCACAAUCAUCUGAAGUUACACAAAUCAUUAAAAUAGCUUGGUUUUUAAAGCUUAUUUAACACCCUAGACUUUGUCUAAGGCACACAGUAAACUACGAGUUGCACCAAUGUCAGUUUUCAGCUGCUUUCUUCUAAUGAGUUGAAAGGUUUGGAAUGAGUUUUUCGAAUACCUGUAAUAAAAAUGUGGAGUUAGGGACGAAAACUAAACUUUCGAAAUUUUGAUUGGUUUCCAACCCUUGGAGCCCUACAUUUUUGACAAAUAAAAAGCUCUUGACUUAUAGCUACCUGUUGUAAGGUUGCCAUUAUGCAGUAGUUUUCAUGAGAAGAAAAUGAAGAGUUUAUUAUAGACAUGACCAAGCCCUAUCUCAUUCUUCCUAUCUUUAAUAGAAAAUGCUAUGUGCAUACAAAAAACAAUCAUGUCUUUGUCUUGAAUGCUUCUGUUGGUGAGCUCAUGUAUUUUUUUUAUAUAUGCAUAUGUUUUAUUUUUGGUGUAAAACUCAAUAUAAUUUAUUAAUGAUAAUUAAUGUGUGUAACCUUUUUAUUUUUGUCGCCUACUUGCUGAUUAUAGUCAGUCAAUAAAUAGCUCUAUUGAAAACA